CAACAUCACUCACACAUGGACAAGGCUGAAAUGGCGGCCAAAGGCACACUCGGUCCACUAGGAGGGAGCGAUCUCCACGACUCUUCGGAAUCAGAACCGGAAGUGGAACAUUGUUGGACGGCAGUCAGCGGGCUGGCCUACGGAGCUUACCCCUACAAGCAGGUUAUACACAGCGGCCACUUCAUGGUGUCUUCACCGCACAGCGAACGGAGAGGCGGAAGGUGUUCCCGCUACGACUUCGACACGGUGAACCGGACCUGGUGCCAGACGUACCGAUAUGGACCGUACAGGACCGGCAGCCUGAGUAUCGACCCAACACUCACCCGCCUGUUCGAGUGCAUGUCUCUGGCCUACAGUGCCAAAAUAGUUUCUCCCAAGUGGAAAUCUUUUAAAGGGCUGCGCUUGCUGUGGAGGGAUAAGAUCCGCCUGAACAACGCAAUCUGGAGAGCAUGGUUUAUCCAGUAUGUGGAGAAGAGGAAGAAUCCAGUUUGUGGUUUUGUUACCCCAUUGGAAGGAUCUGAAGCAGAUGCGCACAGAAAGCCUGAAGCCAUUGUUCUCGAGGGCAGUUACUGGAAGCGGCGGAUUGAGGUCGUCAUCAACGAGUACCACAAGUGGAGGAUAUACUACAAGAAGAGACUUCAGAGAGAGAAGGAUGGCAUUUUAUCAACCCUACAAGAGGGCCAACUCUAUCAGGCCCAGGUGGAUAAAUGGUCCAGUCAGAUGUAUCCACAACCUGAAGCUACGCCAGCCGACUCCCACAUGUUCAACUUGGACUUCCUCCUUUCCAACGUGUCCGACACGCUCUUCACAAUGACCCAAAAGCCAUGUCGUUGGACCAGUGAGCGGCAAAACAAUUACACGACUAAUGCUGACAUGAUUCAACCGGGCUUGACGCCUCUGCAGCCCAACUUGGACGACUUUAUGGACAUACCAGACAUCUUUAUGAACUAUCUUGGCCCAACAUACGAGCAGACAACAGCUUUUGCAGACUCAGGCUUUUUUGAAAGUUCAUUUGUCCCUCCUAUACACACUUCUCAGCUGCUCAUUGACACCCAAUCUACUCAGGCUUCAUCAUGUUCUCCUCAAAGCGAGACGAGCAGAUUUAGUCAGGACGUCAACAAAUUCCACUCAUCCAGCAUGUCUUCAUAUGGGACAUAUGGAGAGCCUUCACACGCUGAUCCUUUGGUUUCGGAGCAGACUACCAAUGUUGAUCAUGUGGUCUCCACAACAAUCCCUUUUUUCUGCCCACUUCCCUGCCACAAGAUGGGCUAUCAUCCAGCGGCCACCAGCGUGACCCCGACUGUCAUUACUCACACCGCCUCCACCAUGGAGAUCACUCAGCAUGCUCACAGCUACCCUCCUCCGGGGCACACAUACCCGCACCUUCCGUGCCAGUCUAUCAGCUACACGCCCGUCAUGUCAGGUCCGGCCCAUGCAGUCCAGCCGCCUGCUGUUGCAACCAGCUGCUUUUCAGCGUCUGAACAAAUGGCGACCACGGAAAUGAGCUGGAAGCACAAGCAAAAGAGAGCAGGACUGAGGACAGUUGGUCAUCCUGGAGGUCUUUCUUACCACCCGCUGGCAACCACUAGCUGCCUGGCUAAGCUGCUGUCCACAGGGAAAUCGCCUGUGGGUUUACAAAGCAGGCAUGUGGCAGUCAAAGGUCAGAGGUCAUCAUCUCCCAGUUCUUUGCAUAGAAACCGUUGGCAUGCUGAGUUGCCAGUGUUAAAACCUUCUGCAUGGAGUCUUGGUGAAACACAGAGAAGAUCCUCCAAAGGCUCUGCCCUGCUCACUGAUGACGCUGCACACAGCAGCACAGCUCUUCUCAUUCCCAAGACUGAGAACCUAUCACCUGUCCAGGUGUACGGCACAGACAGGAGCAGUUUGCCAGGGUAUUCGGGGCAAACAUCAUCCCCCAUUCCUUUAGACAAUGUCUCUCAUCCAGAAUGUCAACAGUCAGGCUUCCCUGGGUAUGGAAAGCUAGACUCAAGUAAGCAAACUAAAAGCAGGAGGAUAACUCACAUCUCGGCUGAGCAGAAGAGGCGUUUCAAUAUCAAACUGGGAUUUGACACUCUACAUAACCUUGUGACAACACUCAGCUCUCAGCCAAGCAUAAAGAUCAGCAAAGCCACCACGCUGCAGAAGACUGCAAAGCACAUCAGCAAAAUGCAGCAGGAGAGAUCUCUGUUGCAGGAGGAGUUGCGGCGACUUCAAGAUGAGCUCCAACAUCUGAACUCUGCCAUUAAUUCAUGCCAGCAACAGCUACCAGCCACUGGCGUGCCCAUUACACGCCAGCACUUUGACCACAUGAGGAAAAAGUUCAGAGAGUACGUCCAGACACAAACUCUGCAAAACUGGAAGUUCUGGAUUUUCAGCGUCAUCAUGGAGCCGCUGUUUGAGUCCUACAAUGGAAUGGUGUCCACUGCCAGUGUGGAAUUACUGUGUCAGUCCACUUUGUCCUGGCUGGACCAACACUGUUCACUGCCUUCCCUCAGACCCAUGGUCCUGAGUUCACUCCGUCUCCUGAGUACGUCCACGUCCAUCCUGACCGACCCAUCCCUCCUACCACAGCAGGCCACACUUGCUGUCACCCAGGGUGCACCUGGUGGUGCCCUGGAUGACUCCAUGCAGCCUCUUUUAGACAACACACGCAACAUGUGACUGAAAGACAAUCUGUCAUUACUGCUAAGUUUCACUGGAGGAAUUUAUGUUUUUUUAAUUAAAUACAAAACAUUUCAAGUUAAACUUAUAUUUUCAGCAGGUAGAAUGUUUACUAUUUACUGUGUUUGUCCUUUGAGUGUUUCUCCAAUUGUUCAUAAAAUUUCAUGUUAACCACAAGGUACAAUUUUUUGGGAAGUGCAACCGAUAGGAAAAAUACUAAUAGUAACAAUAUCUUGCUUUAAAGGUUUAAAAUGACUGAGAAUUUAAUGAAUGAGAAUAAGAUAUAUUGGACUAGUCUAGCCUGGAUUUGAGGCAAUUGUCAGCCCUAAGAUGGUCAAUUAUGAACCCCUAAUUAAGCAAUAACUCAAAGCUAAGAUGUGAAUGAUUUGUUCAGAUAUUGUUUCUUAACCUCUAUUGUUGGGCCACAAGCGCCCCUUUGAGGGCCACCGAAAAUAUUUGUCUGUCAGUUCUAGUAUGCUUUUCCACCACCUGUGGCAAUAAUGUGUCACUUGUAAUACACUUUUCCACCAGUUGUGGCAGUAAUGUGUCAGUUGUAAUAGAGCCGUAUAGCCACACACACUGGGAGUCAAAUGUAUUGUACAUGCAAAUUCACAUAUACUCACAUACAUAGGUACCUACGCUCCAACAUACAUACACAAAUACAGUACAUAUCUACAAUACUCAAAGUCUGUACAUCCACACGCACACUCAUUGUACAAACAUGCACAUACACAUACUGUACAUAUACACUCACUGUACAAACAUACAUAUACACAUACUGUACAUAUACAUUCACUGUACAAACAUACACAUACACAUACUGUACCUAUACAUUCACUGUACAGACAUGCAUAUACACAUACUGUACAUAUACAUUCACUGUACAAACACAUAUACACAUUCUGUACAUAUACAAGUACAUAUGUAUAAAUACACUCAUACACAUAAUCACGUUUCAUCAAACAUUUAUUAACGUUGUUGCCCUAGGGUAAACUGGGUAACACAUGGCACACUGACAAAGCUUAACCUACUGUUACUAUAACAACCUACAAGGUUAAUAUAGGUUGCUUCUCUUUCUUCCCCUCCAUUUUUCUGCAUUCUUUCGUAUCUCUAGUUAUCAUUACGUAUAUGUAUUGUUGCAUUUGAACAACUGUAUUGUUGAUAAUAAAGGUAAAUUAUUGGUAUUGUUCAUUAUCAAUAGCGCUAUUUCUAUUGGUAUCUGUAUUGCUCCAUUUGUAGUGUAAUAAUGCUCAUUGUCAUUUCUGUAUUAUUUUUUAUUUUCGCUAACUGCUUAUUUGCUAUCACUUUUACCAUCAUAUUUGUACAUGUCGUAUUUGCUGAUGUUGCUCUAUUGUUGUUGUUGUUAUUGUUGUGUUUGCUGUUGUUUUUUUUGUCUCUCUGUCUUAUCCCCCUCUUGUCCCCACAAUUUCCUCCUCUGUCUUUCUUUUUUUCUCUUUCUAUCCCCUACUGCUCCGGCCCGGCAGACAAUCUUUGAAUUUCAGUAAAAUUUAAACAUUGCUAUUCAGUAACAGUAGAAGAGAAAUUCAAACACAAAUAGACAGAGUAGACAUAGAAACAGCAAAAUAAACCAAAUUUGGGGUGUAAUAGAUGAUCAAAUGAACUGGAUGUUUCAUAAAAAUAUACAACAUAAAGUGGCAAGAAAUAUGUCAAUAAUGAAUAAUGCAAAAUAUGCUCUGGACUAAAAAUCGCACCAUAUUCUCUUCUGCUCGCCAGUGUUACCAUAUCUGAGUUAUUGUGCAAAAAUAUGGGAAAAACUCAGAAUUUGUCUGUGAUUGUUUGUCCAAAGCUAAUUUUGUUAGCAAAAUACGGGUAAUAAGUUAUUUCGUAGGAGGUUAUUUGUAUUACUUUACGUACACUGCAGGAAUGUAGCAGCAGAGUGUGUCAAAUAUGGCUGCAACAUUUUACUUUGACGAAAUAAAAGCAUGUUUUGGAUGGAUGGAUGGAAAACUAAAAAAACAACAGCAAUUGCAUGCUUCCGGGCACACCCACACAUGUCCUUGGUAGCAAACAUGGUGCCUGUUUUUUAGCUCGCCAAACUCUCUUCAUACAAAACACUUUUCCACCACUUUUUUUUUGUGGCAGUAAUUUGUCACUUGUAAUUCACCUUUCUGUAACAUGUGGCAGUUAUGUGUCACUUGUAAUACACCUUUUCACCACUUGUGGCAGUUAUGUGUCACUUGUAAUACACUUUUUUUUACCACUUGUGGCAGUAAUGUGUAUAAAGAGUCGUGUAUAAAGAGAAUAUGGCCAACUAAACAACAAGUGCCAUGACUGCUAUCAAAGACGUGUGCGGCUGUGCCCAGAUGCAUGCAAUUCCUGUCCUUUUGACCUUAGUUUGUCCGACAAAAUAAACCAAAAUAAUUUGUCUAUGUAUAGUUUUAAACAUACUCCAGGUCAAUAACUUACAAUUAAACAUGCUCUUAUUUUGUGAAAGUAUCAUUUUGCAGCCUAGUAAAGAGGAAUAUCGCAAACACAGCAUUAGCUCAAAGUUAGUAGCAGUCAUGGCGCCCUGUGGUCACAUGACUGCCUUUGGACCAAUCAUUGAGGAAAUCGCCUGAAACCCAGUUGGCCAUACUUUCUUUAUACACGACUCUGACUUAUUGUCAUACUUUUCCACCACUUGUUGCAGUAAUGUGUCAGUUGACUGAGUGACACAUGAAAAGAAGAAGGAGAAGCGCUUUCUUUAAGGACACACAUGAGUAAUUGUAUUAAUUAUGUAAUACUUAAUAAUUAUAUGUGAUGCUUGAUGUGUCCAUAAAUACACACUCCUGAUAGUUAAUUAUUGUACGUAUAUGUAUUGUUCAUCAGCUUUUAUGAGUCAUUUUUUUGCUGUAUUUUUGACUAUUAAUUAGUGUUUAUUCUUGUAAUCAGCCAUGUUGGCA